CAAUUCCCCCUGUUGUCCCAUUCCGCCUCUCGCCUCGGUAUCUGCGUCAGUCCUCUCUGUCUGCCUACUAUUCCCUCGUCGAUCUCCUCGCGCGAACACAGCGCGAUGCAUCUCCGCAGCGCCUUAACCGUGCUCCUCCUGGCGAGCCUCUCUCCCGCCGCGGCGGACGCGGACGCAGACGCAACGCCGACGGCAGCAGCACCAGCAGCAGCAGCAGCAGCAGCCGAGGCGCACGUCCCCUUAGACCUCGCGGCCCUGGUGGACGACGACUCGUGCUACCUGGCGUGGGUGCGGAUCAGCGGGGCGCGGCCGCGGCCGGCGGGCGAGCUGGCGGCGUUCCUGGCGACGUGGACGCCGGCGCACUGGGCGACGGCGCCGGCGCGCGAGCGCCCGGACGAGAAGUGCGCCGCCAUGUCCGCCGCGCUGCCCCCGGCGCUGGUGCCCGCCGCGGCCGCUGUCGAGGCCGCCUGGGCCGCCUACCGCGCCGCCCGCGCCCCCGACGUCGCCGCCAUCGCCGCCGCCUGCCAGCCCCUCGUCGCCGCCCCCGUCGCCGCCAGGCUCGCUGUCGCUUCCGAGCUGUAUCUCGGCCCUACGGGGUCGCCGUGCUUCGGCCCCGCGGCGACGGCGGCGGAGGCGGCGGUGGUGGUUGGCGGUGCGGAAGGCGGUGCGGAAGGGAGUGCGGCGCCGACGGGUCCCGGAGAGCUGCGCUGAGACGGCGGAGGCACGGCGGAUGGCCGAGUGGGUUCGGGGGGGGGGCUGUCGGCUGAGGUUUAUCUAUGUCUAGGGUGGUUGGUCUCUCGAGCGAGCCGAUGCCCGGCGGAGGGGCGGGAGCCGUGGUGUAGGCGAAGGCGCAGGCGUGAGGGCGAGAGGCAGCCGCGCUUCGAACUGUUGCGCUGUUAGGGUAUCGUCGUCGUCGAAGGGCCUAGGAUGCGUGGUAUGGUGGCACGGGCAAUAAUGGUGAUUUUCUCCAAUCCAAAUUCGGGGGUAUAUAUACCAUGUAUGUGUUGAUGUCCUUCGUCCUGAAGAGUGACUCCCCAACGCCGAGCUAAACCGGGUAGAUGGAUACCUCCAUCCCGUGGGAUA